UCUGCCUGUACUCAUUCUUUUGUGUACAAGAGAUAACAUCUGCGUUAUGCAAGAAUGAUAGAGCUACUUUUUUGAAAUAAAAGAAAAUGACACCUUCAUUGGAGGGCAUUCUCAGUUCAGGAAGUAAAGAACGCAGCACUCGCGGCGUGUAGAUUAGCGGACGGCGUUUAUAGAUCUGAAAUGGAGUGGGGUACAAUUAUUCUUGCUUCUUUACCAAUCAUCAUACUACUGUUGUAUUGGCACUUCACACGUACAUUUUCCCACUGGAGGAAGAAAGGUGUCUUUUAUAUUGAGCCUCAGAUUUUCUUUGGAAAUGUGAAGGAUAGAUUCACCUUCCGCUGUUCCUUUCACGAAAUGCAACUGAGGCUUUAUAAGCAGUUUGAAGGGCAUCCUUUCGCAGGAUAUUUUGAGGGCCGUCGACCUGUAUUAAUAGUUCGAGACCCAGACCUCAUCAGGAACAUCAUGGUCCGUGAUUUUGACUGCUUCGUGGACCGACCAGUGCUACGUUUGAAGAACAGACCACACAUAGAUAAUAUGUUAAUUAACCUGAAGGGAGCUGAGUGGAAAAAAGUGCGUGCUAUGCUCACCCCUACUUUUAGCUCAGGAAAGCUGAAAUCUAUGGAGGAAAUAGUAGUACAGUGUGGAAAUCAGAUGACACGCUACCUCACAGAACAUGUUACAGAUAAUAACAAUGAGUUUGAAAUGAAAGAUCUCUUUGGAAGGUUCACAAUGGACGUUAUUGCAACUUGUGCAUUUGGUGUGCAGUGUGACUCGCUGAAGGACCCAAAUGAUGAGUUUGUGAAAACAGCUUCAGAAUUCAAUGACAUUUCUGUUUUGGACAGAGUUAUCAUACUUGCUGUACUUUUUAUUUUCCCACCACUACUGAAGUACCUACCAGUGUCCUUCUUCAAUGAAAAGUCCAUAGCUUUUCUCGCAAAAGUGGUCCAAGAUACAAAAGAUUAUCGUAAGAAUAAUGAAAGUGCAAGGAGGAAUGACUUCUUGCAAUUGGUUUUGGAUGCUGCCGCGAAGGAAAAUGAAGACAUAAAAGAGCAGCGUAUCCAGGAAUCAGUGAUGACAGAUGAUAAAAUAGUUGCUCAGUCAGUUUUAUUUCUUCUUGCUGGCUAUGAGACUUCAAGUACACUCCUUUCUUAUGCCAGCUAUGAAUUGGCUCUAAGCCCUGAUGUUCAGGAAAAGGCUAGAAAUGAAGUGAAGAAGGUUUUGUCAAAAUAUGGAGGCGUAUGCACAUAUGAAGCAUUGAAUGAGAUGAAUUAUCUUGAAAAUGUGUUGUCAGAGGCCCUGCGCAUGCAUCCUCCAGUGGCAAGGAUUGACAGGAUGUGCACCAAACCUUACACAAUACCAGGCACAGAUGUGAAGAUUGAUGUGGGAGAUAGUGUGUCCAUACCAGUCAUGGGAUUGCAUUAUGAUCCACAGUACUACCCAGAUCCAUAUAAAUUUGAUCCAGACAGAUUUGUGGCAGAAGAGAAACUAAAACGCCCUUCACAUGUAUAUCUGCCAUUUGGUGGUGGUCCAAGGAACUGUAUUGGUGCAAGGUUUGCAAUAAUGAGCACCAAAAUAGGAAUGGCUCAUCUUUUGAAAGAUUUUAAUUUGAAAAGAUAUGAAAAGACUGAUGUUCCAUGUCAGAUUGAUACCAAGUCAAUGUUACUUAAAUCUAAAAAUGGAAUCUGGUUACGCCUUGAAAAAAUAAAUGCUCAUUGAUUUUUAGUAUAAACUACAAUAAUUUAUGAGCUACUUUUCUAUGAAUAAAGCUUAUGCUUAUGGCUGUGCUUUUGAAAUUGCCUGAUUAUAAAUCUGUGGCUAUAAGAAUCUAUUAUGUUUCACGACUUGCUACAUUUCUGUAUGUUGACUGAAGUUCAAAUAUAUAUGCAAAUAGAUUAGGUCUUGACAUAGGUGAGAAUAUUAUCAUACUAACAAUUUAUUUAUUGAUACCUUUCUGAGGACUACACAAUUUGGCAAUUUUGCAACAGUAUGUAUGAAAUCCUGACAUUUUAUCAUCCUCAAAAGAAAACUCUGUCCUAGAAGGGACAAUGUGAUAGCAGUACCUUAGAAGAAACAUUCAUAACUGAACAGUGUGCCUUCACAUGAUGAUUUAUUAUAGAUCAAUUUUGUAGCAUGUAAAUGUAAUGGAAGAGGAAGCUGUAUGUAUUCUUGUUGUGGCGUUGAAAUAUUUUUUGUGCCAGGCACAGUCAUUGUUGAGUUGUCAGUUUGUAACUAUGUCUUCCUCUGAUUGUCUUUCCACAGUCAUUUAGGUUGACACUACAAAACUUGAAAGUACAUGCCUUGUAAUAAGGAUGUGGAUUUUAUCACAUAAAAUAAUAAACAACUACUUUUAAUUAUGUCCAUCCAAAGUUUUUGUAUGCAACUAAAAUUUUUAAUAAAAUGUAAAAGUAUAGUGCAAAUAUGUAGCAGAAGGUAAAGAAGAUGGCCAUAUUGUGUGGAGCAGAAAUACUGUAUUCAGAAACAAUUAUUUAAUUUACUUUUAAUUUUUAUAUUGAACAAAAUUAAUAUUCUUAUGAAUAAGGCUUACUCUACAUGUUAUGAAGAAGAAUUUCGUGUUAAUAAAAGCUGUGUUUUGUAAUGUUUUGCUCCUCCUUUGCUUUGUAAAAUUUAUUGUAAGCCAUUUCAUCAUGUAGGCCCUACAUAUCUGUUACAUCUGCUGCUUAGUACAUUUGUCAUAUGAGAAGUUUGAAAUUUGCCUGAUCAUAAUUGUUGUAAUCAAAAGAGAAGUACAAAUAAAUGAGCAUUUAUUGUA